AUGCCAGAUAUUGUACUGAGAAGAAGGAUCUCCCAUACUGCUCGUCGCUUGAGUGUGGUUUUGUGGAAAGUCGCAGUAGUGCCGUCCAUUUUGUUUCUUGUUUGGUGUUCAGCAGUGGUCUUCUUCUUCCUCAUCAUUUGGUAUAGGGGUCAACGUUCUGCGAGCCUCUCCGGUUACCCAUCCAAUCCUAGGAUUGAACAUCAGCUCAAGACGCAUCCUAAUUUAAAUGCGCGACUUUGUGUGCCGCCGCUUCGAACCAAGGGCCGAGACAUAAUCGACGAUACUGGCUCCCGCUGCAAACUUAGCUCCGUCAAUUGGUAUGGAGCAAGUGAUAUGUUCAUGGUUCCCGGUGGACUGAACACGCGUCAUCGGAAUCAAAUUGCAGCAACAAUCCGCAAACUAGGCUUUAAUAGUGUUCGUUUACCAUAUGCUGAUGAAAUGGUCAACAAGAAUCCCGCCAUUGAGGCAAUGCACUUGGGCGCUAACAAAGACCUUGUGGGAAAACCUGCCCUGGAGGUGUUCGCCUCCGUGGUCAGUGCAUUGACAGACGAAGGGAUUGCUGUCAUAAUCAACAAUCAUAUCACACAGGCGCGAUGGUGCUGCGAUGCGAUGCCUUGUGACGCAUCUUGGACUAAUCAAGGCAUCCCCUUUUGUCCUGUACUUCAAACAGAGGAAGAGUGGGUUGAUAACCUUGUCACAGUGAUGCAACCACACGUACGAAACCCUCUCGUCGUAGGCGUGGACCUCCGCAAUGAAGUUCGGGGGUUGCUGGGAUCACGGCUAUGGACCUCGUGGGCCGCGGCCGCCGAGAGGGCUGCCAGAAGAUUGCAUCUGCUUCAACCAGACUGGCUGAUGGUUGUUGAAGGGGUAUCCUCGGCAAAUGACCUUUCUGGGGCAGGCAAACGUGGUGUCCAGCUUCAGUAUGAUGGCAAGCUGGUGUACUCCGCCCAUGUUUACGGUUGGUCUGGUUGGGGGUCACUUGACCCGUAUUGGUAUCGCAAGUAUGAUUCUUUUGCUGAAGACAUGGACCUAAACUGGGAAUACCUGCGGAAGAACAACACUGCCCCUGUAUGGGUGGGUGAAAUUGGAAGUCCUCGGGAUCCUGCUGAGAGAGACCUGCAUUAUUGGAAAAAUCUCAUGCGGUAUCUCCGCACCACAGACGUCGACGUGGCUUAUUGGGCUUUGAAUCCUCGGAAGCCAAAAGACAACGAAGUUGAGUCGUACGGCCUGCUUGAGGACGAUUGGAAGACACCCGUCUAUGAUUACAGGUUAUGGGAUCUUGCAAAACUGCGAAGUUAA